GCAAGCCAAAGCUGCCUGCGUCCUUCGCUUCGCGGCACUCAGUGACAUUGAGUGCUCCCACGCCACCGCCUCCCCUGAGGCGCUGUGCUGGUCGGCGGAGUAGGCGGCCAUGGGGAGCCUCCGCGGCCUGCGGCUGGCGGCGGGAAAUUGUUUUAGGUUAUGUGAAAGAGAUGCUUCCUCCUCUCUAAGGCUUACCAGAAACCCUGAUUUGAAGAGGAUAAAUGGAUUUUGUACCAAACCACAGGAAAGUCCAAAAGCUCCAUCCCACACUUACAGCCACAGAGUGCCAUUACACAAACCUACGGAUUGGGAGAAAAAGAUCCUGAUAUGGGCAGGUCGCUUCAAAAAGGAAGAUGAAAUCCCAGAGACUGUCUCGUUUGAAAUGCUUGAUGCUGCAAAGAACAAGAUCCGGGUGAAGAUCAGCUAUGUAAUGAUUGCCCUGACAGUGGCAGGAUGCAUCUUGAUGGUUAUUGAGGGCAAGAAGGCUGCCAGAAGACAUGAGUCCUUAACAAGCUUGAACUUAGAAAAGAAAGCUCGUCUGAGAGAGGAAGCAAUGAAAGCCAAAACAGAGUAACAGAGGUAUCCAUGUUGGCUAGAAUUUGAAAAUCCAGGAAUGUCAGCAACAAGCCUGUAUUAAACAGACUGUGGUAUGACGAUCCAUUUCAUAAAAGUAUGUUUUGUACAAACAUACCAUUUCUCCAUUUCUGCCCUAGAGGUACAAAUAAAUUUUCUUAA